UCGUGCUAAAUGAGUUGCACCAACCCAUUGGUCCUACUGAAGCAAUUGUUAAAGAGUUGGGUAGCUUCCUCGGCACAUUAGCAAGGAAUGGGACCUUUUGUCCUCUUAAUGUGCUUAAAUGAAAGAAAUUGAAGACACAUGAUGAUAUGUGGAACUAUACCUUGGAGAAAUAUGACAUUCCUAAAGUAGCGAAAGAAUGGACUUUGCGAACAAUUCAACUUGCUUGGAGAAAGUAUAAGAAUGGGUUGAAGAAGAAACACUACUAUCGCUACGCCAAUGACGAACUUCGAAUGGCAAAAAGGCCUAAAGAAGUUUCAGAAUCUCAAUUUAAGGCUCUCCUCGAAUAUUGGAACUCCGAUGCGGCUCAAGACAUGUCCAAAAAAAAUACAGAGAAUCGAAAAAAGUUGAGGUAUCCACACACUGUUGGCAAAACAAGUUUUGCUAUAAUCCGUGAGAAAAAAAAGAAGGAAAAUCCUGAAGCUUUGUCAAGUAAGGAGUUUUUUGUGGCUACUAGAAGAAGGAAACCAGGCCGAGUAUACAAGGACUCAUAUGAAGAUACGACUAGCAAAAUAGCUGAAAUGGAGAGAAUAGAAACUCAAGAAAGUGAAGAUGGCAGUCAAUCAAUUGACGCUUAUGUAUCAGUAAUGGGGCCUGAUCAUCCAGGCCGAGUAAGAUUGUAUGGACGUGGGGUUACCAAGACUCUCUUGAAACAGAAAGCAGCGGAUUCUGGACCCUCUUCAAAUGUUACUGAUGAUAUGGAGAAAAAAAUGGAGGAGAUAGAAGAGAGGAUGCAACAAAGAAUGCAGGAAAAAUUCAACGCUCAAAAGGAUACCAUGGAAAAAGAUAUUACAAUGAAAGUCAUUGCAAAAAUUCAGCAGCUAAAUCCAGAAUUCCAACUUGAUCCUAAUAUGUUAAGGUUCAGUGUUCGUUCGCCAGGAGAAGCUUCUUCUGCACCUGGUAACAAUCAAGGUCAAACUUAUUCUGAUCUGUUUCUUCUUCUCAUCCUUCUUAUUCUCUAUGUUAAAUAUCUCUCUUUCUUGCCUAAACUUAGUGAAAUCUUAUGCCUGCUUGUUUUUUUUUAAUUUUCUUAUGCUAGCUGAUUUUUUCUUGCUGACAUUACUGAAAAGUAGACUUUUUACUGAAAAGAAAAAGGAAUCAAAGUUUCCUUGCAUGCUUAUUUCUAUUUCUCUAUAUAUCUUUUACUGGUCACAUUUUUCUUGUUCAAUUCAUGAGUUUGUAUGUGUUUGGAUUGUUGAAAGGCAAACUUUUUUUUUCAUGGCUUAGCAUUGUUCAUAGGAUCUUGCUGCACGAUUUGCUUCUACUUUGUUCCUGAAUUCCUUUUAUUCUUUAGCUGCAAAGAAUUCUGAGUAGAUGCAUUUCCUUUCCUACUAGACUUUGCUACAUUUUCAUGUUUGUUAGCACUAUUGCUAUUUUCAUGAACUGCAGCUAAUGGUCUUGUAUCAUUCUCCUUUGCUAUGUGUUGUUGCUAAUCUUUGACUUCACUUGC